GCAGGAUUCGCAUUACGGCGGUGUAUACGGUAGAGAGAAAGAGAAAGGGAAACAAUAUAUAUAAACCUUGGCUAUUCAAAAAGAAGUGCUACGCCCAAGGCUUUCAGGCGGAGAUUUCUGCGACCCACAAUUCCACUUUCGGGAAUGCCCUUUGGAGCCUAAUAAAUCUCCGAUUACCCACUUUCCUCUUUCAUUUCGAGCUACGAUCUUCCUGGGUUUCAAGAUUAGCAUUUCUGAUGGUUUUAUAUUGUUGGAGAUUCACCAGAUUAUGAAAAUGACUGACACUUCCCCUGCCUCCCCUUGAUAGAGUCAGAUAUGGAAGCAAUAUCGGCAGCUACUUUGUCCAUUGGAGCAACUGCAUCACAUAAUUCUAAACUCAUCUCAUUUUCUCAAUCAAAAUCUGCAGCCUUGAGGGUCAAUUCACGAGAGUCUCUUCCAAGCUUCUGCGGCCUCAAGGCAGCUUCGUUUCUUCGAUGCGACUCGGAGUCAUCUUUCCUAGGGAACCAGAGCAGUACCGCCCUAUGGCGUCAUCUUGCUCCGUCAGCUCAAAGAGUGAACCAGAAUGUAUAUAAAAAUCUUCAACCUCAAGCCUCUUACAAAGUGGCUGUUCUUGGAGCUGCUGGAGGUAUAGGUCAGCCUCUGUCGCUUCUCAUCAAGAUGUCGCCGUUAAUUUCGACCCUGAACCUUUAUGAUAUUGCAAAUGUUAAGGGUGUUGCUGCUGAUAUUAGCCACUGUAACACUCCCUCAAAAGUUCAGGCUUUCACUGGACCCUCUGAAUUAGCCAAUGCUUUAAAAGAUGUAGAUGUUGUGGUCAUACCUGCUGGGGUUCCAAGAAAGCCUGGUAUGACUCGUGAUGAUCUCUUUAACAUAAAUGCUGGCAUAGUGAAAACUUUGGUCGAGGCAGUCGCUGAUAAUUGUCCUGAUGCAUUCAUUCAUAUCAUUAGCAACCCUGUGAACUCGACUGUGCCGAUAGCAGCAGAAGUUCUAAAGCAGAAGGGCGUGUUUGAUCCAAAGAAGCUUUUCGGGGUUACUACAUUGGAUGUCGUCCGGGCAAACACGUUUGUCGCUGAAAAGAAGAACCUUAAACUGAUUGAUGUUGAUGUACCGGUUGUUGGGGGGCAUGCGGGUAUAACAAUUCUUCCUUUGCUGUCAAAGACUCAACCAUCAGUGAGCUUUACAGAUGAAGAAGUUCAAGCACUGACUGUUAGGAUUCAAAAUGCGGGAACUGAGGUCGUGGAAGCGAAGGCAGGGGCGGGAUCUGCUACCCUUUCAAUGGCAUAUGCUGCAGCAAGAUUUGUCGAAUCAUCUCUUCGUGCUUUGGAUGGAGACAGUGAUGUCUAUGAGUGCACAUUUGUGCAGUCUGAUCUAACUGAGCUUCCCUUCUUUGCAUCGAGAGUUAAGCUUGGGAGGAAAGGAAUUGAAGCCUUUGUAACGUCUGAUCUACAGGGUUUAACCGAGUACGAGGAGAAGGCUCUUGAAGCUCUAAAGCCAGAACUGAAGGCAAGCAUUGAGAAGGGCAUUGCUUUUACACAGAAGCCUUCGGUGGCUGCUUAAAACGACCUUGCUUUUCCGGAACAUGCUUGGGGCGUAACAGCAUUGAAUCCCAAGCACUUCCUUUUGUUUGCUUUUCAUUUUACCCCGUCUGAUGGAGAACUUCUUUUUGAGAUAUUAAUUGCUGCUGUAGAAUAUCAAAAAAAGAAUGUAGUCCGCUCAAUAAGAGUUCCUAGUGAUUGAAAAUUUUGUAAUAACAUGGUUGGUAAGACUGUGCACCUCAUCUUAGACUCUUAAGAUUGAUUCUUUUUUGGGUUAAUACCCAAAUGAUAUAGAAUCUGUUGGUUUGUAAAGUUCUCUC